AUGGCGGGUCUGACACAUGAGGAUGUUCAAGGCAUUUCUGAAGGACAGCUUACAAGAAUUCUGGAUACUGUUGAUUCUGACAGAGAAGAAAAGUCUAAAGUGUUCCCAAACUUUUAUCUUUAUCGUGAAAGCUUGUCACGCAAAGUUGAGGAUAAGAUUAAAGGCAAAGAGGAUCUUUGCCGUUUAAAAAAUAAAUUUGCAAGCAGGAUAAGUGGAAAAUCAGACAAUGUAUUGAGUAAAGUCUCACAGCCAUCUUGUUCCAAGAUCUGUAAAACAAAAGCACCUUCUCCUAAGUUAUCUUCGACAACAUUGAGCACCACAUCAUCUGCUUCAGAUGAAUUUGUAGGCACUGUGAGUUCUGACACUACAUCAGCUGAAAGCAGUGAAAAUCAAAUGUCUGAAACCUGUGAAUUGGAGGAAGUCUGUACCUUUGAGAACCUGAAAUCAACUGAGAACAAUAGUGCUGGAUCAAAGUCUGUUGAGAAAGGCUUGACUGAAAGCAUCGAAGAGGAACUUAGCCGACGUUUAAUGGCUAGAACUAAUAAAUCUCUGAAGUUGCCUGUGAAGAAAGUAGUUAGAGAACUGAAGUUUGCAGAAAAGAAAAAUGAUGAUGUCUGGGAGGUCUCUUCGGUAGACGAUGAUACAUGUCUAAUAACAAAACCUGAAACAGAAAAAGACAGCUCUGCUGUGGCUAAGGCUGAUCAAUUAAAUUCAGCACAUGGUAACAACAUCAUGAGUAAAUCUUCAGGAAAAGCCACGAAAUGA